AUGUUUCGUGGACUUGUGAGAAAGACUAUACCGUUAGCUGCUUUUGGUUUGGGGGCGGUAACAUUUCCUAAGGAAUGGAGGAAAGGACAAUUCAGUGGUGAUAAAAAAAUAAUGCAUAUUAAUGACUCAGUUGUUAAACAAAUUGAAUCAAGUAAAGAGUACCAAGAACUUAUAGUUGAUCCAGAGAUUAGAAGAUAUACGUCAAGUAAAUCAUUUCCUGAGCAGCAUCACAAGAAUUAUGUCAACACGGGACUAUUGUUUGGACCCGAUUUAAUGGAAAUUGAUCCAAUAGUAUUUAUUAAUGAGAAAACAGGAGAGUUGACUAGUUUUUAUCAUCUUGGAGACAAAUUGAUUAGUCAAGACGGACAAAUUCACAAUGGAAUUGUUUCAACUAUUCUAGACGAAGGACUAUGCUCUGCUGGGUUUCCCUUGUUACCUUCGAAAAAGGGAGUUACGGCACGGUUACAGAUUAAUUUCAAAAACCAGGCACCACCACAAAGUACAGUUGUUUUGCAUGCAAAAGUUAAACAAGCCAAAGGAAGAAAAGUUGAAAUAGAAGGAUAUCUCGAAACAUUGCCUUUGAACACAAGUGAAAAGCCUUUACUAAUUGCCGAGUCGAGUUGUAUCCUUGUAGAGCCAAAAUGGUUCAAGUACUUUACCUGGCUACAAAUAUGA